CCUACAUGCAAACCUGUCAAAACGAAAUAUGUUAUACCCUGUUACCGCUAUGAAGAUGGCCGCAUUGAGCAAUACAAGCCGUCUCGUCACGGUAGGUUACCAGUAUCCGCGUAUUGCCGAAAUGGAUUACAGGAUCAAAUUCACGGUUAUAGAGGAGCUAUUCGAUACCUUUGCGCUGGUGGACAGUGCAACGAUUGUUCAGUAUUCACUGCAGUUGAACCCAUCCGUAGAAUAUUUCCUAAAAUUACUCAAGAAGUAUUACCCAUUAAAAAGAAGAAAGAAAGGAAACAAUUAACUUAAUAACACGAAAAAUGUUCACCCCAUGCCCUCCUCCGCACUCAAGCGAAAUGGACUACAAGAUCAAAAGUUUGUAGAAAGUGGUGGGAUAUCAUAUAUUAGAAAAUGUUGGCGUAAUGCGCAAUGGAGUGACUAUCCAUUUGCUAUAGCUGUCAAACCCGCGAAGAAACUUUCUGCCAUAGUGCCUAAGAAGAGUUGAACCGAUUGGGUGCAAAAACUUCCCGUGUCUGCGUUCAAGAGGAAUGGAAUGCAAGACCAGGAACACUCAAAACUCUUAGGUGCAACUAACUUUCUUACGAAAUGCCCCCGUGAUGUCUCCAUAGAGUGCGAUGUUUGUACGAAUCCUGUGAAAAUUAAUGAUCCCGUAAAAGUACCCAAGAUGGAAAAGUCUGAAUUGGGCUGUAGAAUAUUAAAAAAGAAGCCUAUAGAAGUUUCUCUUGAAGAUAUUUUAGAUGACUGAAUUAAUUGAUAGCAACCAAAUAUGUGUUAUCGGGUGCAGUGCUAAGUUUGGAUAAUCGAUUUCGUUGAAUAGGUGAACCAGCCCACAGUUCUUACGCGCCGGGCUUGCGAAGUGGCCGUAGGUUGUAGACCUCGACGUAAACCAUUUGUUGCUUCUUCGUUUUGUGCGGAUUCGGAACAAGAAAUACAUCGAUACGUGUCUGAAGAUGAGCGGGUAUCGUACAACGCGCCGGCCGAAAUGCGAAACGAAAUCAAAUGGAAAGAGGAAGAUCGGAAAGAUUUGUAAUAAAACCUCGAUAAACUAGCUCCGUUGUAACAAUAAAAGCUUUAGAGGUUGAAGUCAGUCAUGCGUAUCGAGGCAUCUUCGGUUUUUUAUUUUUUUGUUCGGGUGUGAGUCGUGCGCCAAUGCGAAGGCGAGGCGGGCGCGAGGCGGCGCGUGCGCGGUGACUGCCCGCGCGCACCAUGCGGCAGCCGGUGGCCUUGCUGCUAGCCGUCGUCUAUGCUGUUACGGCUCAAAUCGCUUGGACACCUAUUUUUCUUGACGGUAGCAGCCAAGUGGACCUCUGGACACAGACGUCGACAGGGUGCGCGUGCGCGGGCGGCGGCGAGGAGUGCGCGUGCUGCGUGCGCGACGGCGCGUGCCCGUGCGGCGAUGUAGCGCCCACACGCUGCGCGCAGUGCGGCCUGGAGCAGUACUGUUCCAAUAUGUGCAACAUCACAAUCGAUUCCCGUAUUCUGAAGAGCAAGUCGGGUAAAACCUUUGGACAAAUCAAGUCGCCAUCCAUCGAAGGGCCUGGUGCGUGCUCGUACCUCCUGCAACCUGAUGCAGGGCAGCGGGUCGAGAUUCAAAUAUACAGGCUGGUUUCUGUGGGAAGAUUUAAUGGUACUAGUUGCGUGGGCGGUUGGUUGCAACUGGGCGGUGCGAGUGCCGUGCAGGACGCGACUGGGGCUGCGGAAACCAGGUUAUGUGGCGCCAACGAGAGAUACACGCCGCCUGUGGUGCUCUUCGCUGAUCAUGGAGCUUCAGUUCUUGACUUUAAAAUCACCGAAACAACGGUGAGGUCUCAGUUCUUGGCGUUCUUCAGUUUCACAUCUUUGAGCAACUCUCAAGGCGUUGGGUUUCAUCCGCGAGGUGGUUCCAGAAUACCACAUACAGAUUGCGACUGGUUGUACCAAGACGUGUCGUGUCGCUCGCCCGGCUCGUGCGUGCUGGCCAGCCCCGGCUACCCCGGCCUGUACCCGCCCCACCGCCGCUGCCGAUACCUAUUCGCCACUAAUUCGGUACACACGAGGGUCAAGAUCAUAUUCACCUCUAUUAUAUUGCCGAGGAACCAUUGUACGACGGACUAUUUGACGCUCCGAGCCGGGAGUUCCCCGUCCGCGCCGCUGCUCGCCUCGCUCUGCUCUGAGAGAAGCGCCACAUUGGAACACCCUGGACCGAAUCUGUUGCUGGAAUUCAACUCCGGCCCACUCGUACCUCCAUAUGACUACAACGGAUUCCUCGCGAGAUUGGAGUUUGUUGAGAAAAUGGAGACGAGCGGACCACCGCCCACAGUGGUCGCGGCGUCCCCACCUUUAGCUGCGCUCACGCACCUUACACAUGGGGAUAGGUUAGCAAUAGACCAUGAAGCGAUAUCUAAUGAGAUAUCGAGUAGCGGUCGAAUUGGAUGUGGCGCCACCAUACGAGGGUACGGCGCGGGCGGCGCGCGCUCCGGUCACUUCGACACGAGAGCGAGUGCGUGGCGGUCGCAGUGCGCGAUACAUCUACUCGGCGCUCCUGCAGAUGUUGUACAAGUGUCGCUGUUCAAUUAUAAUUUAAGAUUACAAAGUUGUCGAUCUCACAUUGAGAUCUUGGAGGGACUCCACGAUUUUGGUGGUAGAGGAGACAGAGCAGAUAGAUAUGAAAGAGGAGAUAGAGCUCUUCUGAGGGUAUGUGGACCGUCUGUGAGAGAAGCUAGAGAUCCUUCUGGAAGGUUCCUUGUUCGUCAAGCUGUUACUUCGAAAGGUGCUAACCUUACGAUCUUAGUUCGAAGAGCAGCGUCACAAAGUGUGGAUGAAGAGGAAUUUGUGGAUGGUGCUUUUGCAUUUCAUGAUGAACAACAUGAAGGCACAGUAUCACCAGAUGCGACAUGUGCGUCGACACAUUACGGUCUGGCUUCGCCGGCGCACGGCGGUGUGUCCGCGCCAUCACAUCAUCAUAUAUUCUGGAAUAUUGAAGAAAGACUGCUAUGCACUCAUCGGUUCAUUCCCGCUGCUAAUCAGAGCGUAACAAUAGAGAUACAGCGGCUGGAGAGAAUGUGGAGUGCAGAACCAACAGGGCUAGUGGUACCAGGGGCGUCUGGUUGCCGAACGGCGUGUGGGGACGCGGGCUGCGAGUGCCGGUCCGCCACGCCGCUGCAUUACCACGACCAUAUAGCGUUAGUGGCUGGUGAUGGGACGCAUUUGUCCUGCCUUUGUGGUGACUUUCAGUCUGCCUGGCUGCCUGUUGUCGUGAGAAGUUGGACAAGUUUAAGACUCGAGUACUCGGUGGCACACUACACGUAUGCAAGCCGGGGAUUUGAUUAUGCAGCCGCAUAUAGCUUUAACGACGACGCGAUGUGCGGCCAGCGGACAUACACCACGCAUUCUGGUGAAAUAUCGUCGCGCAAUGUGUCCGUUACGGGAAGUUUGAAUGAAUUCUUCUAUCAGCAAUGCACCUGGGUCCUGGAUUCCAAUGUAGAGCGUCAACUCUUCAUCGAUAUAUCUUCUGAACAGGACAAGUCCUGCAGUUCAUGGAAUAUAACGAUCCACGAGUGGUCAGGCAGAGGCGCUCACAGCGACGGCGGACUCGCUGCAUCAGCGGGUGACCUGCUGUACACCUUCUGUGCUCGACACAAGAACCACACCUAUACACUGCCGUGGAGAUUGAACACUGUUGUUAUAAGGUUGGUGGCUCUGUCCCGGCAACAGCCGCUGUACACGAUACGCUGGCGGUCCCAAGUAGUGCGCGCCAACAACAGGCUGGGGCCGCCGACCCCCGCGCCGGCCGCGUCCGCGCGCGCCGCCCAGCUCACCACAAACAUUCUAGUACAAUUACUUAUCUACUCCCUGUGGCUCCUCCGCAACAAACACUAAAAAAGUGCAUUUACAUACAUAGAUAAAAAUGAACGGUUGUUAGAUAUACAAACUUUUUGUACCACACACGUCUUUGUAAAGAAUAGCUCGUAAGUACAUAGGGUUUUCGAUGUACCAGUAAGUAAUAACAUAAAACAUGAAAUGUGAAUUGUGUUGACGUAUCUGUGGUAAUCGUUGUAAAUGAUAAAUGGGGGUGGAAAUGUAUUUGCAAGUAAACAAUCCAUAUCGCGAUAACUAUUAGCUCUGGUAUUGAAGUGCGAUUGUAACAUUGUUUUACUCGUACAAAAUGGAAUGGUUGUAAAACUAUUGUUUGUAUUUGUAUGCAUUUUACCAUCCCUAUUUAUCGUGUUUUCGCACAUACUGUAACUCAUGGUUUGGCGUGCAUUUUGUUGUCAAUACAUCAAUACAUCUAUUAAACCAUAAUAAUUCACGUUUAAUAAUUUUUUUAACUUUUAAAAUGCUCGACAUCGAAUUAUGUUUUCUAUAUUAUGUACGUUUAUUUAAUCUCCGAGGAUGUAUGAUGAUGAUCUAUUCAAUAAAAUCGUAAAUCUGUUGCCUACAGGGUAAGGACUUACGAUUUUAAUUUCAAAUAAAAAACCCAAUGUUUAUUUUAUUUUUACGGAUCUACCUACGCUGUAUUCAAUUCGUUGUUCUAGCAGUAGUUAUUUUUAUCUCCGCAACUAUUUUGUCUCUCCCAUCAACUCUAUGGGGAAUUGCGUCGCUACGUGCGCGCACUUUCUUACUAGCCCAAAGAGGUGAUGGGAGAGACAAAAUAGUUGGGGAGACAAAAGUUGCUGUUGCGGUUUUCAUAUAAAUUGUACACAAUACUUAGUCAAUAGAUAUUGUUUGUUAAUAUUUCAGAUUGACUGAUGUUAAGCAAAAAUUUCGCACGUAUAGAUUAGUACAGAAAGUCAAUUAGUAUUUUUAAAAUUAAAUCAAGAACACACCUCCAUGUAUAGGACAGAAAUUAAAUGUAUUAACCAAACAUUACUCGUUUUGUUAUUAUUGUAUGUAAUUAAAAUGUCAUAAAGAAUUAACUUUUAUUGCAUUUAAUUUCAUUUCUAUAGCUUUUGAUUUAUCGUCGCAAAUAAUUCAUAUUCCAUCAUAAGUCUAAUUGCUACUUACACACCGAAUAAAAACGACAAUUAUAUUGCUAUUACUGAGGUUCUUACCAUAAACAUCGAUGUUCGUAGUAUAGUAUGAUUUGCAUCUCAUGUCGUUGCAUUUGUCAGAUGCACAACGUAAAUCAAGGUAGUUUAUGGGGUAUAACUCCGCAUUAACAAAUUGAAAGUGUAUAUACCUGUCUCUAACUGAAUGGCUAUUUUCUAGAGUGCACUUGAUGUAAACCACGGGAAAAUCACCGGCUACUGGCUAUGUAUCCAACAAUAUGCCUUUCUUUUUAUGUUUCGACUUUUGUAAAUAACCAGCAUUACUCAAACUUCAUAAAAUAUUAAUGCUACACGAAAUUAUUUCACAAGGAACAAGAUUUACAUCUGUUACCAAAAAUAUUGCUAACAUUAUGUACCAUAAAUGUUAUCAUUUUGCCGCGAUAUUUACAGAAGUCGACACGAGUUAAAGAUUAGGACAUUAUUAUCUCCACACAAUUCAGUAACAAUGGACAUUUUACUUUUAUUAAUCGUUGUAAUGUAGAGCAGAUUAUUUAUUUACGAUAUUAUGUAUGCACUCUAAAUGUUGCUUCUUCUAAGUGUGCUUUGUACAGAUGUGAGUUUUAAAAAAAAUGUACAAAACAAUAAACUGUAUUUUAUUUCAUUAAUUCAAUAAAAAAUCUAUGCAAUAAUAGAGGUCUAGAUGACUAAGAGAAAUUGUUGUGAAAUAUCAUUACAAGUAUGCUUCUGUAUUGAUAUUUAAUUUAGUUACAUACUAUGCAUAUAGUUUAUUUAUAGCAAAAUGUAAAC